UUUAGUGAACGGCGGUCGUUCAUUGCGGAUUUAUCCAUAAUGUUUGCGUUCUGAACGAGAAACGGCGGAUUGGAACCAUUUCUUCGCAGUUCGUGACAAAUAGUGCUGCUAUAACCCGCAUUAUCCGUUUGUUGUUGAGAUACAUUUGUUCUUUUUACUGACAUCACAGCCGAGCGGACGGGCGCAUCGAAAAUGGCACAGUGUCUGAGAAAAGGAUUUCAAAUUGUUCCAAACACAAUCCUUUACCAACAGAAGCGUUUUCGAAGCAAAAUCAACAUACAAAAACCUAGAAAACCGCAUUAUCUGAGAGGACUAGUGAACACUUUUUUAACGCCCUAUUAUGAAAAUAAAAACGCAGACAAGAGCUUAGUGGAACUGUGUAACAAAUUGAACAAAUUAGAGAAGAAGGUAGAAUACAAUCCUUACGAAAGAAUAAUAGCACGUGAAGUCCGGAACUGGUUUGAAGAGUCCAAAAUGGUUGCCAUUUGCCAUAUGAAUUCCAUGAAAGCGGAAGAAAAGUUUGAAAUGGACGUUCCAUUGAGGAAAGCGAAUAUAUAUACAAAACGAUAUAAUAAGAAAAUUAUGUUAUUAGCAUUGGAGGAUUCACCUUACGCAGCAACGCUGCCGUUGUACGAGACAUCAUUUAUUAUUAUGUUCAGUCCUGACCUUAACGUUGCGCCCUUCGAAAAAAUUAUCAAAAAGUUUCCAAGUAUUAUUUUAUUAGCGGGUAUACUGGAAGGACGUUUGCUGAAUAAGAAUAACUUUUUGAAAUACGGCAAAUUGGAUCUCACAACAUCACGAAUGCAUCUUGUCCAGGUGCUACAGAACGCAGGCGGUAACAACUUAAAUCAGCAGCUCACGCAACAUCAGUCCACAUUGGUUGCUCGAUUAAAACAGAUCAGUAUGAACGAAACAGCUCCCGAUGAGAACGAAAAGUCGGUGCCUGUAUAAUUGCAAAAAAAAAAAAUACUUGUAUCGAUAAUUUAUUGUAAUGUUCUAGAUUUAUUUAAAGCUUUAAGUACGUCUUAUUUCUCUGUCUUAUAUUUACGAUAAGAAUAAGAAGUAUCGGUACAAAGUCA